AAUCUGAUGGAUUUCAAAUAUUGAACGUAAAAAAAGGAAUAUUCGUUUUUAUUCAACAAGGAUACUCUCUGUUUCUUAUUAGUGAAGAUGCUACAAAAAAAUUGAAAACAAUCAAGGAAUUCUCAGAACUAAAUAUACGUGUUCCGGCAUUGAUCUUUGAUCCUAUUAAACGUCCAUUAAACGCCUUUAUGUUAUAUCGAAAAGAAAAAAUUAAAGAUAAUCCAAAUAUAGACGCCCAUCAAAUCUAA